UGUCCAUGCGGCACUGCAGAUAGGCGGCCGAGAGCUUCUUGCAGUCGAUGUGGCUAUUACUGUGCUCGCGCAUGCAGGCUAAGAACUCCUUCAUUGCAGGCUUACACUCGCCGUAGUGGUCCAGAGGGAACGAGCCCUUCUCGGGCGGCCGCUUGCUCUGCGAAGGCGCCUGCGCUGCGUUCAUCCUGCUUGUCAAUGCGGAACUCCGAAUAGAGGACCGCCGUUGAUAAUUAUUUCAAAACUAGCCUAUUUUGAUGUGCAUGUCAUCAAUUCAACAUACUUUCUCCCAGUAAUACACUUUACAGCUAUACUAAUAUUACGCUUCAUAUAGCCUCAAGAUACUCGGCACACUUUUGAUAGCGAUGUUGACCCCGGCGGUGCUCAUCGGCAUCGCUGCAGGCGCCAUGGUGUUCGUGGGCUCGCUGAUGGCAGUUUUCCUUCUGCUUCGCCAAGGAGGAUCCUUCGACCGCAUGAAACAGGAAGCAGUGGGGCUGCCGGCUACGCUGGGCGAACAGAAGCCACUGCUGUACGAUGAGCUACUUGACAAGGCAAAGACGCUGGAGCUUCGUCCCCCGUUGCUUGGGAUCGACAAGUUGCUGGAGGGAAAGCGAGUGUGCAUAAGAGACUUUGCAGCCUCCAGUGACAUCGCCGACCUCUUUGCCGUCUCCUGCGGAGAACCACGCGGCGGCAUCUUCCGAAAUUUGACCUUCAGCGCUGACGAAAUGAUCUGGCGAUAUCUGCCGCAUGGACCCUUCGCUUCGGUAGCUGAGCUCAAAGAAUUCUACUCUACAGAGGAAAUGGAUGCUCGUCAUUUUGUGCUGGUGGAGCGUGAGAGCAUGCAGCAUAUAGGCAUGGUGACACUUGGCGAACACUCGCCACAGAACCUCCGCAUUGAGUUGAUGAACUUGUGGCUCGUUCCGGCUUUUCAGGGCUCAGCAGCACUGACAGAAGUCGUGCUGCUGCUACUGAAGUAUCUGUUUGAUAGCGGAUACCGUCGAGUGGAGUGGCGAUGCGAUGGUCAUAAUGUACGGGCGCGCCGGGCUGCGCACUCAUUGGGCUUCACCUUUGAAGGCGUGAUGCGAAAACACCGUAUCAUCAAGAACUGUAAUUGCGACACAGUCGUGUUUGCUGCUAUCAACAGCGAGUGGGGAGUCAUGGAAGAACACUUGCAAUACAAACUUCAUCAAGCUCUGCAGAAGGAGGAAUCAAAUGCACCAAAUGAAGGAGAAACUGAAACGAAGAAGAUACGGUAGAUGAUGAAGUAGAGCAGACGCUAGGUGCGCAUGCAUACUGGUGGUAUAUGUUUCGUGGUGAAUUCUCUACCGAGUCUAUGAUUUGUGUCGUAUUAUCCUGGAUGUUGGUUUGCUCUUUGAAGCGCGUACUAACCCAACUACCAGCAAACUAGUCGAUCUUUUCAAUCCGAUCACUCUGACUGCCAGAUCGCCG